CAGCAUGAGUCAGUUGGUCGUCAGCUGAGCACAGAACAACAACUUUUGAUAAGCAAAAAAAAAACGAGAGAUGGAUCGAUGGAAGGGCAAAGUUGCUGUCGUAACCGGGGCAAGUUCAGGCAUUGGAGCGGCGAUCGCGAAGGAACUCGCGAAAGCGGGAAUGGUGACGGUUGGUCUGGCCAGGCGGGUUCAGCGAAUAGAAGCCCUGGCUGAUCAGCUCCCAGAGGAAUGUGCGAACAGAUUACACGCUCGGCGGUGUGACGUAUCCAAAGAACAAGACAUUUACGAGGUGUUCGCGGAAAUCAGGCACAGGUUUGGUGGCAUUGAUGUGUUGAUCAACAAUGCCGGUAUCGUGAGAGAUACGUUGUUGUUCGCAGACGAUGGUAGCGAGCCGCUGAGGGAUAUUCUGAACGUGAAUGUCAUAGGACUGACACUAUGCAGCAGAGAAGCGCUGAAAUCGAUGAAGGAACGCUCAGUGGACGGUCACAUCAUACACAUCAAUAGUAUUGCCGGCCAUAAGGUGAUGAAUUUCCCCCAAAUGAAUAUGUACGCAGCCAGCAAGCACGCCGUCACGGCGAUUACGGAAACGAUGCGAAACGAGCUGAGGGAAAUGAAAACGAGAACGAAAGUGACUAGUAUAAGUCCGGGAACGGUCAAAACCGAGAUUAUACCCAAUCUCGAAGAAAGUGAAGGCUUUCCCAUGUUGCAAAGCGAGGAUAUCGCGGCUGCCGUCUUGUACGUGUUGGGGACACCUCCGCACGUGCAAGUUCAUGAGUUGACUAUCAAACCCGUUGGGGAACAAUUUUGACUGAUAUAAGCAUCCAUAUUACGAAACGGAAAACCUGUACACAAACCCAUCGAAUUUCAUCUACAAUGAAGCAUGAGUAAUAAAAUUCAAAGACAUGUAACCUAAGAUAAGAACUUCAAUUACGUCCAACUGUUGAUGAUAUUCAGCGGAAAGCAAUAAAUAUUUCAUAUUUGAAAUUCCGAAAUAAAA